AUGUGUGGGUCGUUCCUUCAUCCUUUGACGUGCGGCUUUGCGCGAGGAGUUGCUUGGCAAGUGUCAACGCAAGUAGACGCAGAUGAAAAUCUAAAGUGCGAAGAGAACGAGACACGAAAGAAUUAUCUUGUGCGCUUGCUGCGAGAGAGAUAUGAUCGCUUUACUGUCAUAUUCCAAUGUUACAAGGAGAAUUUUACCGUUGACUUCAAGCGCUUUCAGUCAAUUUUUCCACCACUUCGCGAGAAAUUUAGUCGAUGGAAUCAUAGAAAGAUCGCAGAGCGCAAUCAAUACACGGCGAUGUUCAACAUCGAAACUUGGAAUAAACUUUCUCCGGCGAUGCAAAUUAAACAUACAUUCCAAAAUUGUAAGCAAUGUCAGCUGAAAUACAGUCACAUACAAGUUUUAUUUCCUACCAAAUGCAAGAGGUUCACCGGUUUAAUGAAGGAGAACAAUCCCAAAGUCGCGAACAAAGCCAUUAAAGUCCAACUGCCAAGUCAACCAGGGAGUACCACUCUCCGUGAAGCAGGUGAGACUGCAAAGUCUUUAUACGACCUGGUGAACCCCAUGUUUGAAAAGAUCACUGGACAUUCUCUUGUUAAAGCAUUGACCAAAGUAAAAGAUCUCAAUAUUGAGGAGAAGAAGUCUAAAGCUGAAAAAAAACGAACAGUAAGAAAUAAUUAUAGAAAAUUCAAGGAAGCAGUAGAAACAGAAUGGGAAAAUAUAUCUUUUAUCAGGUAUCUAAAAAUAAUCAAAUGGGUAGCUGGGGUGACUGAUGCAUAUAUACAGUAG